CUAUUUUCGACCGUCAUGGCCACGGGACAGGAUCGCAGGUGUUUGACAAAGAGGAUCCGAAGUGGUAAAGCCUUGGACUUCCCAGCGGCGGUGGGCACCAAGCUCCCUGCGUCAGAUCCUCCGGACCAGAGAGUGAGACACGUAUAUAAACUGGGCCGCAGGAGGCGACACACACCAGUCCUGGUUAACUUUUCUUUGGCGGAGAAUAACGAGUCCAUAAGGACCGGUGAGGCAUCACACUAUUCCAACACCGUCUCCAGCUUGUCACCGUCGCUAGCAAGGAUGCACCGUCAGCCUGUCGCCUUACUCUUCACCUUGGGUCUUGUCCUCCUGCUGGUGGACACCACCUGCAGCACUUUCUACAGGAGCUCUCACAGCAUCUCCCACCGUCAGAAGUCAGGGGGACACUACCAUUACAAGGUCCGGCCUGUGUAUGGGAAGUGGCUAGUACACAAGACGUCCACCUCCGGGGUCCCCGUCGUCAGCCCUGGAGGCGCCCCCGGACACACCCCCAGCAUGGGUGUAGUGCCUCCAGGAACUGGAGGAAGCAACGAUCCCGGGUUCUCUCUGGUAGACAACGUUGACGUCAGGGCUAAGUCCUUUGGAGGGACAUGUCCCCCAGGCUGCCGCCCUAGUUCGUAGUUCGUCUCUUCAGGCUGUAGACGACAUCGUUCGACCUCAUAUAUUGACUCUUUCCUUCAAGCCAACGUGUACAUGUCUGCCAUGAGACCUUCAGUCACCUGCCAACCAUGAAAACAUCAGUCACCUGCCAGCCAUAAUAGCAUCAGUCACCUGCCAGCCAUGACAGCAUCAGUCACCUGCCAGCCAUGACAGCAUCAGUCAUGGCUGGGCCCACGACCUCUGGCCCCACUUCAGGGGUGCCCUGGUACUCGCGUUGAAGUACUGGUCAUACCACAUGUAUUUCUUGCAAGGUAAACUGACACAAGGGGUAAACUCUUGUGACUGUGUCGAGGGUAAACUCAUGUGACUGUGUCGAGGGUAAACUCAUGUGACUGUGUCGAGGGUAAACUGAAGGCCAAUUAUUAAGGUUACGACGCUACGAGACCCGAAUUAAGUUAUGAAACCAGCAAGUUGGGGUAUUUUAUACACGUUUUUUUUCCAUAUAACUGAAAGUUGUAUGAAUACAAUUGUUUAGUAUUCUAAAUGUUACAUUUGGUCUGUUUAUGCAAUAACUACAAACAAAGUUAUCAAUAAAAAAUAACAACAUUUCA